AUGGAACGGCUGACAGGAGCAAGGGAGCAGUUGACGUGGGAGAAGAUUGCUCCUUCGCUCACAUUUGGUCUUGCUAGUGGUCUCACGGGUGCCGCCUUCGGCUCCAUCUAUGGUCUCUACCGGUCCCACAACCCCAAACUCUUCACCUUCGGUUCAGGAAUCUACUGCACCCUUCUGGGGAGCACAUUCCACUAUUCCCGCUCCCAGAUCCUUCUACAUCGUCCCCUCUCAACACACACCUCACGCUCUCAGCCUCCUUCCCACCCACCUUCGCAUUUCGACUUACUGACCUCCUCCACGCUCGGCGGCGCUAUAUCCGGCUCCUUGAUUAGUACCCUAAUUCCCGCCCGUAAAGCUAGCACUCGAGGACCGCUAGCUAGAAUUGCUGGGAAGGCGGUGCCGGGCGCGGCGCAAAUGGCGCUUCUGGGCUGGGCAGGGCAAAGAGCGUGGGUGUGGGUGGAUGGGCGACAUACGCAGCAUGUGGAGCGGGAAGUGGAGGAAAAGAGGCAGGUAGAGGCUGGGGAGAAGGAGAAAGUGGGAUGGAGGCAGAACGUGAAACUGGAUUGGCUUGGAUUGAAGAAGCUGAGCGAUGAGGAGUAUGCGGGGAUGCUAACGGAAAAGGUCCUGAAGCUGGAGGUGGAGGUUGCGCUCAUUGAUGAGGAAAUUGAGAAAAUUAGGUUAGAGGAACAGGAGAGAGAAAAGGAGGAGACGGAGCUGGGGAAGAUUUGA